UUUAGAUCCAGCUGUAACAGACUGUUUGAUACUUAGGAGCAAUGUCAGCACUGUUAAGAUCCUGUGCUCACAGUCUGAGAUCCGUGGAUGGACUCAAACACAGCAAGGCUUGGAAAUUAUGCAGCACAGGUCUGCUCCAGUGGUGUCGGUCCCUCCAUGUGGACACUCCUCCCAACAAACCCUCUCUGACUACCAGCUAUGUCCAUGGCACCUCCACCAUCCCUCUGCUCCCCCUGACUGUAGGCCAGAGCCUGGACUCCACAGUUCAGCGCUGGCCUGACCGUGAAGCUGUGGUCUUCCUGCAGGAUGGCAUCCGGAAAACCUUUGCACAGUUUCAACAAGAUGUUGACAAGGCGGCUGCAGGUCUGCUUGCUUUGGGCCUGAAGAGAGGCGACAGACUGGGAGUUUGGGGACCUAACACGUAUGAAUGGAUCCUUUUCCAAUAUGCGUCAGCCAAAGCUGGAAUUAUAAUGGUGUCAUUGAACCCGGCCUAUCAGGUGAAGGAAGUGGAGUUUACUCUAAAGAAGGUCCAGUGUAAAGCUGUAGUCUGCCCAAGUCACUUUAAAACCCAAAAUUUCUGUGAGAUGCUGAGGGAGCUCUGCCCAGAGAUCGACACAGAGCCAACAGGCACGAUCAAAAGCACCAGGUUGCCAGACUUGCGAAUGGUGAUUGUGACAGAUAGCAGACAGCCAGGGAUGCUCCACGUAGAGGAUGUGAUGCAAGCAGGAGAGAGUCGACACCACAAAGAGCUGAUGGAUCUGCAGAGUAAACUGUCCUUCGAUGAGCCCAUCAACAUCCAGUUCACAUCAGGGACUACAGGGAGUCCAAAGGCAGCAUGUCUUUCCCACCACAACAUCGUAAACAAUGCUUAUUUUUUGGGUCUUCGACUUGGUUAUGACUGGAGAGUAAGACCAUAUUUGUCUUUUGAUAUAAAGAAAAUGCAGGUAGUGAAAUGUAAUAAAUCUUAUUUUCCACAUUUCUAUCAGCCUCAGGUGCGAGUGUGCAUUCCCGCACCCAUGCACCACACCUUUGGUACUGUAGCUGGAGGGAUUUGUAUGGCAGUACAUGGCAUCACACUGGUCUUCCCUUCCCCUGGCUACAACAGCCGAGCCAACCUAGAGGCCAUUCAGAGUGAAAAGUGCAGUGUCUUCUAUGGCACUCCCACAAUGUACAUUGACAUGCUCAGCCAACCAGAUUUACACAAGUAUGAUGUGUCAUCAGUUGAAAUUGGCCUCAUGGGAGGUUCUCCAUGUCCUCCUGAGGUUGCGAGAAGAUUGAAAACAGACAUGAACGUGAAAGGCAUAAUGUUAGCUUAUGGAACCACUGAGAACAGCCCCGUAACAUUUCUGGGAUUCCCACAAGAUGAAGAGGACCUGAAGAUAAAUACUGUUGGAUGCAUCAUGAACCACACUGAGGCCAAAGUGGUGGACCCUACUACUGGGGAGAUUGUCCCUCUGGGGGCCUCAGGAGAGCUGAUGAUCAGAGGCAGCUGUGUGAUGCAUGGAUACUGGGACGAUCCGGAAAAGACCAGAGAGGUUAUCUCCCAAGACCGCUGGUACAGGACUGGUGACACGGCCAGUCUGAACAGUCUGGGAUACUGCCGCAUUGAAGGACGCAUAAAGGACACGAUCAUCCGAGGAGGGGAGAACAUCUACCCUGCUGAGAUAGAGCAGUUCCUUGCUACACAUCCCAAAGUUCAGGAGGUGCAGGUGGUUGGAGUGAAAGAUGAGAGGCUGGGUGAGCAGGUGUGUGCCUGCAUCAGGCUGAAGGAGGGCCAGACCUCCAGUGCAGAGGAGAUAAGAGCAUUCUGCAAAGGCCAGAUUUCUCACUUCAAGAUCCCACACUAUGUGAUGUUCGUAGACAGUUACCCUCUGACAGCUGUAAGAAAGGUCAAGAAGAACAUACUGAAGGAAGAAAUGGAAAAGAAAUUAUUCCACUGAUGUUGUUUUUGUGGAAAAACUGUUCAUUAUAUUAAUGAGGGGUGUCCUUUUGCAUGAUGUGAUUGCAUUUUUCACUAACAUUAAGACUAAAGAUAAUAUAAUUUUGUGGUUGCAAAGACUCACAAUACACAUUAUUUUCCCUUCUUUUUAAAGCCUAUUCAAUAAAUUCUUUCUUUUUUUUCUGCAAGAUUACAGUGCUAGUGUUGAUCCAGGACCAUCUCUGCUAUGUUCUUGUUGAUAUAAACAAACUAUCCAGAGUCAACAUGGCAGUGUGGUCCUGGAUCAACAAUAGCACUGCAAUCUUGCAAAAAAGUCUGAAUAUGUUAUAAAAAAAGGAGGGAAACUAUGUUAAUCACAGGACUUUGCUACUGAAAAAUGAUAUUAUCCUCACUCUUUAAUGUUAGUGAACAAUAUUCUAGCUUAUUGGGAAG